CAAAUGGAAGAAGCAAACCAGUCUCUGGUGUCUGAGUUUAUUUUUCGCGGACUUUGUAAUUCAAAAGAAAUUCAGGCCUUCCUCUUACUGCCGUUUUCUAUAAUUUACCUGAUGACAGUAAUGGGCAACUUCCUUGUUGUGCUCUUAAUCGUCCUUGACCCACACCUCCAUUCUCCAAUGUACUUCCUAUUGGCCAAUCUCUCAUUUGUUGACUGCUGCAUUUCCUCAGUGACUACCCCUAAACUGACCACAGACUUUUUAAAGGAUAACAAGACCAUCUCCUUUGGGGGAUGUAUGACCCAGAUACUCUGUGUGCAUUUCUUUGCAGGGGGUGAGAUGGUUCUGCUUGUGACAAUGGCGUAUGACAGGUAUGUGGCCAUCUGCAAGCCACUCCAUUACUCCAGCAUCAUGGACAGACAAAAGUGUAUCUGGCUAGUUUUGAUAUCGUGGAUCAUUGGCUUUGUGCAUGCCGUGAGCCAACUGCUCAUGAUUUUAGAUCUGCCCUUCUGUGGACCCAGAAUAGUAGACAGUUUUUUCUGUGAUAUCCCGUUGAUCAUCAAACUAGCCUGCAUGAAUACUCAGACCAUAGGAAUGUUGAUAAAUGCUGACAGUGGAGUCUUGGCAACAACCUGUUUCAUCCUCCUGAUGCUCUCCUACACCUACAUCCUAGUCACCGUCCGCCUUCGCUCCAAGGAUGGGGCCUCUAAGGCACUCUCCACCUGUACUUCCCACAUCACAGUGGUGGUGCUGUUCUUUGGACCCUGCAUCUUCAUCUAUCUGUGGCCACUUAACAUCACCUGGGUAGACAAGUUUCUGGCUGUAUUUUACACAGUAGUCACACCUCUCCUGAAUCCAGCCAUUUAUACAUUGAGAAAUAAAGAGAUUAAGAAUGCCAUAAAGAGACUGAUGGCUCAGGAUAUGCAUUUAAAGGAUAAAUUUUAG